CUGAGCUAUCGCUUUUGUGUAGUGAUGUAUUUUGCCAAUCCAGUGUUUUGUGAUGCCUCAAGUUCAGAAUGACUCGCGACUGCCUGUGUUCCUCGUGAUCCUCUUUAUCCUCUGGAUUUUCCCGGAUCCACCAGCAACACCUCUAGGCGGCCACACAACGCUCGAUCUCACGAUCUCACGCGAAUCACAGCAGCUCCACGUUGUCAAUACCACGAGCUAUGGCGCAUUUAAUCCAAAGGAAAACAAGUGGUUAAAUAUUACAGGGCUUCGACAUGAAGAUGGAUUCGCAUGGGGAACGUUGGACGAGGUGAAGAGCAGGGCGAGGCAGCAUAUUACUCACAUAUGGGGUGACGAGGACGCGCACCUGGUCCUGGAAGGUAAUAAGGGACGGGGUUUUCCAGUUUGGAAAAACAUCUCUGGUCACGUACGAGGGAGCUGGGUUCGCGCACAUGCUGAUUCAGCGAUACCACGUCCGAAGCUCAAUAUGACGGCCCUUUUGCCAUUAGAUGCGACCGAUUUUACGCGGCGCUUUGAGCGAAAUGUUACGGGAGAAUCAGGAGACUUACGAGUUGAAUUCACGGAGAACGGCGAUGUCGGCAAAUUCGGUGGCAUAAAAAUACAGAAUAUCAAGGCGGAGAUUGUGCUGAGUGAUAAGAGUUCUUCAGGAGAUGGUUGGACAGUUGUCAUGUAUGGCACACAUCUGGUGGAUACGGGCCAAGUAUUCCUCACAACCACAAGCGACAAGUUUGCAGGAAUGUGGGCCUUGCCACAGAUGGCGCUUACCGAGACGGUUUAUAAGUCAUUAAAGGAGAACAUAGUCCAACGGCUCGAGAAGGUGAUCAGGAAACAGAAGAGUCUAGAGCUACCUAACCUCCAUCCAUAUUCCUCCGUACCAGAGGGCCACUCUGAAGACGCUUAUACACCACACUGCGAGUUAAUUGCUUAUUUUCAUCAACACGCCUUACCACUAGCCGGAUCCGAUGGAAAAUUCGCCACUGCUCCAAUGGACGUGAUCAGUGAAAUGGAAGAAGAAUUACGAUAUCCUCAAGGUGCUCGUCCAUACAAGCCUCCACAACUCAGGCUCUCUGCUUUGGUAUUUUCCCCAGACUGUGGUUUUCUCAUUGAAUCGAAGGGUCAACCUGAAUAUGCGCGCGUCGAAGGUGAUCAUCUUACCGGUGAAAAAUUAGAGAUCUACAUCCGCUCCAGCAUUGACUAUACGCUUCUAUACAUCCUCGUCUUAGCGGGUCAGAUCUACCUCACGAUGAUACAGAUGAAACAUUCAUCGACUCCGUCAACGCGUAGUCGAAUCAGCUUUUACACCGUUGGAAUGCUUAGCCUAGGAGACGGAUUCGUUGGUAUGGCUUUCCUGCCUCUCGGCAUGCUGGUUGAUUCGGCAUUCACGUCACUGCUGGCUACGGCAUUUUUUGCAUUUCUUGCUGUGACAUUCUUCGAUAUGCGCUUUUUACUUGACGUGUGGGGCGUCCAAUCUCAGGAGCGAAGAAGAGCUGAGCGACAGCGACAGCAAGCAUCUGCGUUGAACACUCCGCCUCAACAAGCAACCACAGAUACAAAUAUUGCCCUGAAUGGCAGAACAGACGCUCUCCCCGCUCCGGUGACAGCACGACAAGGGAUCAAUUCCGGCGCCACGCCUCUUAUCUUCCCGAACCAGCAACAAGAUGAAGCAGGAGAACAGCCACAAACAGACGCUGCGCGCCGCCGCCGUGAACUAAGUGCUAUGUACGGCAAAUUCUAUCUUCUACUUCUUGGGAUAACCUUCCUCAGCCUCCAUGCUACAUCAUGGUAUCCUACAGCACGUUCCGCUUACAUGAAUGUUCUUGCAUUCGCGUACCUCUCACUUUGGACACCACAGAUAUAUCGUAAUAUAAUGCGGAACUGUCGAAAGGCACUCUUAUACCGAUUUGUCAUUGGACAAAGUGUUCUGAGAAUAUUGCCAAUCGGCUACUUCUAUUGCAUGAGGAACAAUGUCUUAUGGGUUAAGCCGGAUAGACGCGUGUUUGCCUUCUUGGUGGGCUGGUUGUGGGUGCAGAUUUGGGUCCUCGUUAUCCAAGAUGUUCUAGGACCACGCAUCGGCGUACCGAAGAAAUGGUUGCCACCAGCAUAUGAUUACCAUCCUGUCCUGCGUGAAGAUGACGAGGAGUCUAAGAUGCCCAUUGGAUUCACCACUUCACCGGCAUCGCAGCCUUCAUCGCCUGUUGCGACGCGUCCUGCGGAAAGUAAGGACAAGAGCAAGAGAAUCUUCGAUUGCGCCAUCUGCAUGCAGAAUAUAGAAGUUCCAAUCGUGCCUGCUGGAGGUGGAGCUGCGGAAACAGGCACUUCAUCUGUACAUGGAAUCGUGUCGAGACGGCUAUAUAUGAUGACACCGUGUAGACAUAUUUUCCACACAAAAUGUCUGGAGGCGGCUAUGAGGUACAGGCUACAGUGUCCCGUGUGUAGAGAGGGCUUGCCUCCUUUGUAGUCUUAUUCAAUUUCGCUAACGCACACCCGUAUUGCAACCGGCGUUAACGUGCUUCGCUGUUCCAAUAUUUACGAAUAGCAGCCGGGGCCCACCCCACGUGAAGUUCCAAUUAAGGAUGCAUUUAGGGUACUCAUCCUUCUUAAAAUGUCAACAAUUGGUUUCCACUGUGAGCCAAAGCCAUAUCUAAGUAAAUAUAUAACUCUGAGGGUGUGUGUGUUUUUGACGAUCG